AUGUACGUGCCUACAUGUCUUAUUGUUGUAGCACCAAACAGAACCAAUAAUCUGUCUGCUCCUUAUCAGCAUAGCCAGAGUCACUGUCCUCAUUUUAGUUUUGUAAAAAGAAUUUGGUUAAUUGAAGUAGUAAUGGGGACAAUAAGCAAGGCAACUUUUAGUCGAGACAUUGCGGAACUUGUUGAGAAGACGGCGGAUUUGGACCUGAAGUACCAGUGGCAGUUUAAUGAUUACAGAAAUGGGCAAUUUUUAUCAAACAGUUCAGUGUUGGAAUUGAAUGGCCAAACGAUUUUACGCACAUUUCAUAUUACGUAUAAUGAAAGCUAUGAAGUUCCCAUAUUGUGGUUUAUUUUCAGUCGACAAACCGGUGCUUUAUUAAACAUAGAAGAAAUUUUGGAACUGAUGCCUGCUGAUAAACAGAAGACAAUAUUGUCAAAUUGUUUAACUUCAAUAUCUCAGCGCGAGCAUCCUGUUUUCAAUCUUCUUUUCUAUCAUUUUCAUCCUUGUAGGACAGCAGAUCUCAUGAAGGAAGUACGCUACGACAAUUACGUUAUCAGCUGGUUAUCAAUAUUUGGCUCACUUUUGCAUUUGUUACCGCUACCAAAUGAAAUAUUUAUAAAAAAAUGA